AUGGUCCAGAUCAGUGAGGUUAAGGGCAACUCGCGCGAGAACAGGACUGCUGCGCACACCCACAUUCGCGGGUUGGGCUUGCGCUCUGAUGGAAAUUCUGAAAUUACCGGCGAUGGAUUUGUUGGGCAAGCAACUGCCCGAGAGGCAUGCGGCGUCGUAGUCGAUCUGAUCAAGGCCAAGAAGAUGGCCGGCCGGGCUGUCCUGCUCGCUGGUGGCCCCGGCACCGGAAAGACCGCGCUUGCGCUCGCCGUAUCACAGGAGCUGGGAACGAAAGUGCCUUUCUGCCCCAUUGUCGGCAGUGAGAUUUACUCUGCGGAGGUCAAGAAGACAGAGGCGUUGAUGGAAAACUUCCGGAGGGCAAUUGGCCUGCGUGUUCGUGAAACCAAGGAGGUGUACGAGGGUGAGGUGACCGAGCUCACCCCCGAGGAAACCGAGAACCCAUUGGGCGGGUACGGUCGUACAAUCAGCCACUUGCUUAUUGGCCUUAAGUCGGCCAAGGGUAGCAAGAAGCUGCGACUGGAUCCUAGCAUAUACGAGGCCAUCCAGAAGGAGCGCGUGACCGUUGGAGAUGUCAUCUACAUUGAGGCCAACACCGGCGCAUGCAAGCGCGUCGGCCGCUCCGACGCAUACGCGACCGAGUUCGACCUGGAGGCUGAGGAGUAUGUGCCCGUUCCCAAGGGUGAUGUGCACAAGAAGAAGGAGAUUGUACAGGAUGUGACCCUUCACGACUUGGAUAUGGCCAAUGCCAGGCCGCAGGGUGGACAGGAUGUGAUGAGCAUGAUGGGCCAGCUGAUGAAGCCCAAGAAGACCGAGAUCACCGACAAGCUGCGACAAGAGAUCAACAAGGUUGUCAACCGGUAUAUUGACCAGGGCGUUGCUGAGCUUGUUCCUGGUGUUCUUUUCAUUGAUGAAGUCCACAUGCUCGACAUUGAGUGCUUCACAUAUCUGAACCGCGCUUUGGAGUCUACCAUCUCUCCUAUCGUUAUCCUUGCCUCUAACCGUGGCCACACUGUGAUUCGCGGCACCGAAGACAUCAGCGCUGCCCACGGCAUCCCUCCCGACCUGCUUGCCCGCCUCCUCAUUAUUCCCACCAAUCCUUACUCCCCCGAAGAGAUCAAGACCAUUAUCCGACUCCGCGUCAAGACUGAAGGCUUGAACAUUACCGAUCCCGCGCUGGACAAGGUUGCCGAGCAUGGCAGCAAGGUUAGCCUGCGGUAUGCCUUGCAGCUGCUAACCCCGGCUAGCAUCAUCGCUCGCGUCAACGGACAUCUCAGUGGUAUUGAGGCGGCCGACGUUGCUGAGUGCGAAGAUCUGUUCCUGGACGCUAAGCGCAGUGCUCAGAUCGUCAACCAGGACAGUGACAAAUUCCUUCUCUAG